AUGGAUAUUAAUAUGAAAAAUCCAUCAGAGACAAACGGAGACCUGAGUCGGUUUGAGUCAAAAAGUGACCAAACUAAACACAUCUAUUCAGCCUCUGGGGUUAAAGCAAAGGACAAAUUUUCUGUUACUAAGAAUGUGAAACCUCUAUUGGAAGAGUUUAAACGUGUGUAUGAGGAAAAGUUGAGACGCGUCGAGUAUGAAACACAGUGUGGUUCACUGACGGAAAUGCUACGGAUGAAGAUCCGGAUUCUGCACUCCUAUGUGAAUGACAUGAGCGAUCAAAACCAAGUACUGGUGCAGACAGUGGAAGAUCUGGAGAAAGAAGCAAAUCAGAGGGUAGUAAGCCUGGAGGAGAAAUUACGGACAGCUGACAAAAUCAUCAGUGAUUUGGAUCAUCACAGGAAGAGCCUGGAGGAAGACUCAGCCAGCCUACUAACGGAGAUUCAGGAGCUGAAGUCGGACGUGGGCACCCUCACGCAAGUUUCUGGGGUCAACCUUCGGACAGUCUCCUUGGAAAAAACGCGUCGUACAAGUGCCCCGAGUAGCAGGGCGCCGAGACUGCACGGUGACAGAGUGAGAGCUCAGGUGGAUGAUCUGAGAAGUCAACUAAAGGCCAAGAACAGGAUUAUUCAAAGUCUAGAAGAGGAAAUUAAGACGCUUUUGUUCAAGAGUCCUCAGAGGAAAAAUGAGGCGUUUGGACAGAGUGAGUCAGUGCUGCUUCUGCAAGGGAAGGUGGAGGCUCUGCAGAAGCUGGAGAUGGAAAAGGUGGCUGUGAUUGCAGAUAAAGACAUCACCAUUGCCAGGCUGCAGACGGAGCUUCAGGUGGGGCGGCAGGAUGCCAGAAACAUGCAGAAUGAGUUGUCCAGGCAGGGGAAAAGGGUGAAGGAGUUGCAGGCAGAGUUGGCAGAGCUGCGAGCGCAGAGCGGUGCUCCAGUCAGACCCGGCACAGAGCUGCAGGCACAGGAGAGAGCAGUCAACCUGAACACUCAGAGCGAGCUUGUCACCGUGCCAAGACCGGCUGGCAGUGCCACGCUUCGCUCUCGUCCCGACCCGUCCCGCAACCACCCACCCACCCCCCACCCCUCGCUCCCUCGCUCGCCCGCUCGCUCGCUGCUGCGGGUGGAGAGGUGUGCGCUGCAGAUGCCCUCUUUCAGGCUGGAAGCUGGAAGUGAGCAGGCAGAGGGGCGAACGGCCCGCCGGCACUGGGAACGCUCCCGUACGGACAAUAUGGACAAUGGCGGACCGCUGGCCGGGGACCAGUCCCACUGGCACGACGCUUUUGUCUCCCUCAAAUUGGAUUUCGCACAACUCGAAGAGAGACACCUUCAAGCCCUAGCCCAACCUCGCCAGGACAGAGCCGAGAGGGCAGAGCCUCAAGCCGAGGAAGCAGCCGCCGAGAUGAACGAACGAGAGGAGAGCCUCAGACGCGUGCGGCUGGACCUUAGCUCUCUCCAAGCCGAUCAGGAGUCUAUGAGGAAAAGCCUGACAGUGAAGGAGCAGAUAAGCAGCCAGUUGUCUCAAGAGCGUGACGGCACGCGCCACGCCCUGAGGUGCCUGCAGAACAAGUUGCAGGCCAGCGAAGAGAAAGUUAAUAGCUUGGGUUUAGAGGUCAGCGUGUUGAAGUCCAAAUUACAGGAAAAGACUGAACAAUCUCAACAGCUGCAAGAUCAAAUUCUCAAGCAGCAGGAGGUUUUAAGUAGGGCAAACGAAACUCUCAAAGACACCAGGAAAGCAGCUGGCAAUAAGAUUAACAGGAGAGAACAUAAGAUAGCUAGUGCCCAGAAGGCAUUAGAAGAAACUAAAAAGCAGCUGACAGACUGUCAAAACCAGUUGCUCCGGAGGGACGGUGAGGUAGAGAAACUGCAGGAGGAGAACUCAGAGCUUACCGCCCAAAUGCGGAAGCGGUCCCAGGAUAUUCACACACUCAACAGUGAGAAAAGAAAACUAGAGAUGGAGAUGACUGUUAUCACCGAAAAACACAGAACCGCAGAAGAAGAGGUGAGCCGUCGAGAUCAAGUCAUUUUACAGCUGAGGACUGAGCUGAGAACAGCUGAAGAGAAAUACCAGGGAGCAUUGGAGGAGCUGGGCCUGCACGAGGCUGAGGUCAGCUCUCUUAAUGAGAGACUGAGGAGGCAGCAGUCCCAAAUACUGGAGCUGACUGAGACGUGUCGUCAAGGAGACAAGCAGCUAGACCAAGAGGGGCAGGAGAAACAGCAGCUCCUUAGCCAACUGCAGAUCAGUCAACAGAAAAUAAAGAGACAGACAGAGUUCGUGGAUCAGCUGCAGAAGGAAUUGGCUGCCGUACGGCAGAGUCACACUGUCGAUAUGGAACGCUGGAACCAGAAGAGUGUGCUGCUUCAGAGCCAACUGGAGCACAAAUGCACCGAGCUGGAGCAGAACCGGACCCAGGUCAUGCAGCUUCAACUGGACACCAGCGAGCUAAGGAACAAACUCAGUCAAACUCAAACCUUACAGCAAGAGACACUUGCAAAGAUGGAGGAAGAUAAAGAGCUGCUGAGGAAACAGACUGCCGACAUGUUGGUUCUUCAGAAGCAACUGGAGAAGAGUCUCGUCUGUGCCCAGUCUAACGCAGACAUUUUCAAACAGAAAUACACAACAGCCAUGGAGAAAGUUCAACAACUGCAGGGCCAAAUCCAAAGUCUAGAGGAGGAUGUGCAGUUCUCUAGCAAGCAGGUCCUGGAGGCAGAGGAAGUGGUCAAUGGCCUGAGAGCUCAGAUCUGCGGCCUGGAGGCUAGCUACGAGCAGAAAGUCAAGCAGAUGGAAAAUUCCGAGGAAGCAAUUGACCAGUUAACGGAGGAACUCCAAACGGCCCUGGAUAAUCUAAAGAAGAGCGAAGACAGAACCCAGGAGUGUGAACGACAGAUAGAGAGACUGAAAGUAGAAGUGGGCAGUCAACAAAAAAGGAUAUUGGACCAUGAGAGAAAAUACACUGACCUCCAGCAAAAUCUCACAUCCUACCAGUUCACUCACAGUUAUACUAAUGCUGAUUAUGAGGCAGCACUGAGACAAUGUGGUUGCUUUGAGAAGGAGUUAGCAACAGUGAAGCUGAAGUACAGUGAGGACGCCCAGAGGCUCACAGAGAGUGAGAGGACAGUGGUGCAGCUCCGUGCUGAGGCCCUGGGCCUCGGUGAGGAGCUGCGCAGGAAGGCCCAGGAGAACCAGAGACUUGAACAUUCACUGCAGAACCUUCACAUGGACUUAACCUCUGCUCAGCACAAGUACAAACAGGGCCUCAGCAAGCUGGAAGAGGAUUUGGCCUGGCUACAGGAGGACCUCGGCCAAGCCAGGAACACCAGCUUCCAGAAGGACCAGGCCAUUAAGCAGAAAGAAGAUUUGCUGGUGAGAACUGAGACGGAGCUGGCGGAGACACGCAAGGCACUCGGGGAGAAGGUCCAGGAGGCGGAGGAGCUACGGGAGGAGGUGAACAGCGCCAAACGAGAUAAACAGCAGAAAGAGAAGGAGAACCAUGCCAUGAGGAGGGAAGCGGACCAUCUUGAUCAGCAGCUGCAGGAGCUCCAGUCGCUCUAUGCAGACGCAGUCCAGGCGCUGACUGGUCAAGAGAAAAGGACAGAGUUUUUGGAGUGCAGUCUUAGGACUGCAGAGGAGCAGCUGAGUGAACUAAAGAAGAGUCACAUCCAACUCACCACUGCACAAGAGCAGUUCUCCCAACUCCAACAGAUGCUGGCAGAAAUGAAGACGGAGGCCAGUGUUUGUGAGUGUUCUCUUCGGAAAGCCCUAGAAGACGCUGCAGAGCAGCAGAGACAACACCGAGCAGAGAGAGAUCAGGACAGAGAGCUAACCCUGCGUUUUUCACAACAGGUGGAGCAGCAGGAAGAGCUGGUGUGUAAACUAAGACAGGAAGUGAAACAGGAGCAGACGCAUAGUCAGGAGCAGCAGACUCAGCUGUGCCAGCUGAAGGACUAUAUCACAGACAUGGAGAAAGAGAUGGAGAGACUCCGGAUGGAAUACAGCUCCAACAGCACGCUGCUCAGACAGAAGGGGGGCUGUGUGUCCAGGCUGGAAGCCGAGCUAGCAGAGCAGCAGGAGAAACAGAAGUUUCUGGAAGAAAAGCUUCAGGAAAAACAGGCCCAGCUCAGAGAGUCCUGUCUCAACACAGCAAUUACUGACAGAUACAGAGAACAAGAGGUGAAGAGACAAGAGGAGAGGAUUGCUCAACUAGUGAAACAGCUGCAGCAGAGUCAGAGAAUGUGCCAGAACAAUGUGGAGGAGCUAGCCAGUAAAGAGGAACAGUGUGUGGUGGUGAAAACCGAGUGGGCUGCAUUUGAGGAGAAAUACAAAAGAAAAAUACUAGAAGUGCUGCACAGACACAGCCUGGCCCUGGAGGAGUCUAGGGCUGACAACUCUCACCUCCACCACCAGAGCCAACUACUGCUGACCAACAUACACCACUGGAUCAAAGAGCACAACUGUGACACGUCGCAUGCCUCCCGCCGCGUGAUCAAAGCCCGUCGGCGCGCCACCCCUGCGUCGGGGGCGUCUGAGUCCCGGGGUCUCGGCGGAGAAGAGCAGGGGGCAUUCGGGCACCGUAGCCGUCACAUCCAGACUGUCAGGCGGAGCUAUUUGCAGGAAAGGAAAGAUGCCAUGGAGGUGGAACUGCAGACUCUGAGAAAGGUGGCUGAUGAGAGAGAAAAAGAGAUAGACCUUUUAAAGCUGGGCGUCGUGUGUGCCGAGAGCGAGAGGCUGAGGCGGCUCGCGGAGAAGGAGCGAGCCCGACGCGUCGAGCUGGAGCUGCUGCUGGAGAAACGUGGCGCUGGGGGCUGUUGCCUGACCCUCUCCCCCGCAUCUCAGGAGCCCUCUCCCCCCGGGAGCGCGGCCCUUACCCGCUGGGACCUGGAAGGCGAGAGCGAGAGAGGCUACGGUGCCGCGGACAACUCCUGCCGGACCCAGGGCGCGGGAGAACUCUCGACCCAGCCGCGAGAAAGCUCUCAGUUCCGGUCGGGCAGCGCGAUUGACCCCCUCACACAGAUCCAGGAGGCCGAGCCAUCCUCCCCGAUGAACUGA